GAAGCGACCCGGCGGCAAGAGGCUCCUUCGUCCCCCUAGGCGGCAGGGAGGCUCCCGCUAUCUCUGUGGUGGCUCCGGAAGGCGACGGAGGGAACUGCGGCGCGAUGGGGGAGCAGCGGGAGGCUUCGGUUUCGGCGGCGGCGGUAGCGCACAGCAGCAACAUGCAGCGUGUGAAAGUGUACCGUUUGAGGGAUGGAGGCAAAUGGGAUGAUCAGGGGACAGGGCACGUUGCUGUUGACUACAUCGAGGGUUCAAAAGAACCUGGUUUGACUGUUUUGGAUGAAGAAGACAACGAAACACUGCUUGUCCACAAUAUUACAUCUGAAGAUAUCUACAGAAAGCAAGAAGAAACAAUCAUCUCAUGGAGGGAUCCAGAAGCAGCAACAGAAUUAGCAUUGAGCUUUCAGGAGGCUGCAGGGUGCUCCUACAUAUGGGACAACAUCUGUGAUAUUCAGAGAAACCUUCAGUUUAGUAACCUUGGCGGUCUUGAAGUUGGUCCUCGUCCAGCUUCGGAACAUCUAGAAGCCUCUAGAGUAUUGCAUUCACAUGAUGAGUCCUUUCGCUCUGUUAACGGUGAACUGAGGGAACUUCCACCUGUUGAUUUGUCCAAUCUUCCUUUGAUUUUGAAGACUAUAUUGGAGGGUGGCAUUACAGAUCAAAUGCGUGUGGCCGAGUUGAUAACACAAGAUCGUGAUUUUUUCCCCAAGCUGCUGGAUAUUUUUAGAAUGUGUGAGGAUUUAGAGAAUUUAGAUGAUCUCCACAUGAUAUUCAAAUUAGUCAGGGGAAUCAUAUUGCUGAACAGCCCAUCGAUCUUUGAUAAGAUAUUCUCUGAUGAGUUUAUUCUUGACAUCAUAGGCGCCCUUGAAUGUAUGAUUUCUCCUCCAGUCCUUUGUUUCUUCCUGUUUCUCCCAUAAUGUUAUGGCGCUGCUAGAAGGAGGCGUGAGAGGGCCGGCCGGGGGCCUUUUUGCCCACGGCCGGGCAAGAGGGAAGGGAUUUCCUUCUUAAUUCUUGCUUGAUUAGAUUGAUACAUCUUCUCCCCUUAUAUAGAGAGGUUUACUUGACUCCCCAGCAAGGCUUACUUGACCCCUAAGCAAGCGACCCUUAUCUCUAAUUAACCCUAAGACUAACGGGCUAUACCGCCAGCCCAGGCCCAUUAGGCCCAUUACGUACUCUAACACUACACCCCACCUGGACAUGCAGCUUGUCCUCGAGCUGCAACCUAACCAACUUAUAACCAUGACUCGACGCAACACAAACCUAACACCUAAAAACAAGCCUUUUACAUCUCGGCUUGUUUUAUUACUCUCAACCUGAAAUGGACUGGGACACUUUAUUUUGGACCCCUGA